AUGUCCUCCUCUAUCCAACUCCUUAAUCCUAAGGCAGAGCUGGUCAGACGUAACCAGGCACUUCAGGUCAACAUUGCCGCUGCGCAGGGCCUCCAACAAGUGCUUGCGACCAAUCUUGGCCCAAAAGGAACUCUUAAGCUUUUGGUGGACGGAUCUGGAAACCUAAAGCUCACCAAGGAUGGUAAGGUAUUGCUUUCCGAGAUGCAAAUCCAGCAUCCAACGGCAGUGAUGAUUGCACGUGCCGCCACUGCCCAGGAUGAGAUCGCUGGAGAUGGAACUACCACCGUGGUUUUGUUGGUAGGUGAACUCUUGAAACAGGCAGAGAGAUUUAUCGGCGAGGGUGUGCAUCCGCGCGUCAUUGUAGAUGGUUUUGAUGUUGCACGCGAGGCUGCUUUGGAGUUUUUGGACGAGUUCAAGACCGUCCCUGCUGCUUUCGAUAGGGAGUUUUUGCUCCAGGUUGCUAGGACGUCUGUAGCUACGAAGGUGACCGCAGAGGUGGCCGACGUGUUGGCGCCAAUUGUGACUGAUGCCGUUCUCUCCGUGAGCGAUUUGUCGGGCACAGAGAUUUCGCGCAGUAUCGAUCUUCAUAUGGUAGAGAUUAUGACCAUGCAGCAUGGAAACGCUACCGACACAUCUCUUGUGCGGGGACUUGUUUUGGACCAUGGCGCUCGUCAUCCAGACAUGCCGCGCCGUGUGGCCAAUGCUUUUGUUCUCACGUUGAACGUUUCCUUGGAGUAUGAGAAGACAGAGGUCAACCUGGGCUUUUUCUACUCCCUGGCUGAGCAGCGUGACAAGCUUGUGGCCUCUGAACGUCGUUUCGUGGACGAGAAAUUGCGCAAGAUUGUAGAUUUGAAGAACCAGGUUUGCGGCUUGGACGGCGAGCAUGGCUUUGUCAUCGUCAACCAGAAGGGAAUCGACCCUAUGUCACUUGAUGUGUUGGCCAAGAACGGCAUCUUGGCCUUGAGAAGAGCCAAGCGUAGAAAUAUGGAACGUUUGCAGCUCAUUGUCGGAGGUGAGGCACAGAAUUCUGUGGAUGACUUGUCCCCUGCUGUCUUGGGCCGGGCUGGUUUGGUCUAUGAGGAGAGUAUAGGCGAAGAUAAAUUCACCUACAUCACUGAGUGUACAGAGGCCAAAUCUUCUACCAUUCUAAUCAAGGGACUGACAAACCAUGUCGUGCAACAAACAAAAAAUGCCGUCCGUGACGGUUUGAGAGCUGUGGCCAACGUCAUCAAGGACUCGGCCGUGGUUCCUGGUGCUGGUGCAUUUUUCUUGAGUGCCAACCACCACUUGGCCCAAUCUAAAAUCGCCAAGGGUAGAAACAAGCCUGGUGUGUCCGCUUUUGCUGAGGCCAUGCUUGUCGUGCCUAAGACCUUAUGUACCAAUGCUGGUUUAGAUGCUUUGGAGACAGUUUCUGCAUGUCAGGAUGAGGUUCUUGAAGGUCACGUUGUCGGUGUUGACUUGGUAUCGGGUGAGCCUCUUGAGCCUUCCUUGGAAGGUGUCUGGGAUUCCUAUCGUGUAUUGAGAAACGCCGUCCUGGCGGCUACAGGUAUCGCAUCUAAUCUUCUUCUUUGUGACGAGCUUUUGAAGGCUGGAAAGUCCUCGUUGAGAGCAGGACAGGGUGGUCCUCAGGGCGCUCCCGCUGGUGCUCCCGGCAUGCCAGGAAUGGGCGGAAUGCCAGGAAUGAUGUAA